AUGGCCGCCGAAAGAACAAACAUCUCCAACGACCUGAUCUGGCAGAUCACCCGCAACCAGAAUGCUUAUCUGGUCAAGCGCAACAGCGGUGGUGGCUCUCAGUUUUCCCGGGAUUCUCUGAACCUGCUGAACAAGCAUUCCUUCAAGUAUGCCGGCUAUGCUAACAACAAGGCCGUCGGUGUGCAGGCUACUGCCAACGGUGGUGUUGCCGUGACCUCCAAGAAGCCCGGCAACCCUCAGCAGCCCGCCAAGAACCAGGUCACCGUGAGCUUCGGUCCUAACACUGGCACCCGCAAGAUCUACAAGGGUGUUGCCGAUAAGACCGCCAAGAAUGGCUACCGUGGCGACCUCCGCGAGGAGGCCGUUGCCCGUGUGAGUGCCAUUCGUCGCUCGCAGAAGGCCAAGAAGGAUACCCCCGCGCAGAAGCCCCGUGGCGCCCAGGCCCGCAAGGCCGCGGAGAAGGAUUCGGAGUAA